UAUCUCCCCGUGGGAGCCCCCCAUUCAAACUCUGUUUCGACCUCCAUUCACAAAUGAAACACGAGCUUCUUCCUCUCUCUGUCGCACGAGCUACUUCUUCUCUCCAUGGCUACUACUUCUGCUUCUUCCGCCGCUGCCGCCGUCGCUUGUGGCGCACAAUCUCUCUCUGUCAUCCCUUGCGUUGCACGAGAUCCCUCCGCCGCCGCUCUCGUCUACUCCCAUUGCGUCUACUCCACCGCCAUUCUCAUCGAAUCUACUCCCUCUGGCGCCUCUUCCAUCUAAUCUCAACUCGCUCUCUCAGUUCUUCUCGUAACCAUCUCAAAUUUCAGAAAGAUAGGCACAGCAAGAUUCACAUAUCUCAUGGGUUGAGGGAUAGAAGGGUGAGGCUUUCAAGCGAAAUAGUGCGCAAGUUCUUUGAUCUUCAGGACAUGUUGGAGUUCGACAAGCCCAGCAACACGCUCGAAUGGCUUUUCACCAGUAUCUAAGUUUCUAGUUCUGCAGGUAAAAGAAGAGGCACAUCAACUUGCUCAAAUUUUUGAAACAGUUGGGGCUUUCAAGGUGAAGUGGAAAGGUGGUAAAGGAAAACUAAUUUUUGGAAGGUGAGGCUUGUUCAGUGCAAUUUUGAGCUGUUGAUUUAUGCUCUAUAUGGAUUAUGCUUCUAAAUUUGCUUGUUAUUCAGUGUUACACCUCAAGAUCUUGUUGACAUUAUACUUCUAAAUUUCCGAUAUCUUCACUCUUAACGAUAGAUCUGUAACGCCUCUACUCAACGUUAGGGUUUAAGCUCUCUUUUAUGCACACUACUUGUUCUUAUUUGUGCUCGAACUCAUAUUAACUUCCAUAUGCAGCCUGCAAAUCCUCGUGUGAGAGCUAAUGUGUUGUACAUGAGCCCCAAAUUCUCUCUCCUUAUCUCAAUAAUCUCUACAAAUUUCUUUUAAUUUGAUUUGGAUUCAUAGGAUAUUCCUACCAGAUGGAUACUUAUAUAUAUAUGUUAUGUGUAUCAUAAAAUCUUACCUUGAAAACGGACUAUUGCUAAAUUUUUCUAGGUAGAUGCAGAAUUAAAGAUGUAAUACUAUGAUCUAUUCUUUCAGCGUUGCAUAGUUCCAUAGCGACAAUACAUUUAUUGCUUCAUAUUUUCUAAUUACCAUCUUUUUUAAUGAAAUCUUUCGUUGAGUAAUUAUUUUUUUCUUUACUACUUUUUACCAAGUAAUUUGAUAUUCACGUAGACUUGCAUGAUACAGGGAGGCUGUCAAAAAUACUUUUAAUCCAUAUUUUGAUAAAGGUAAAUUACCUUAGUUGGUUUAUUUGUUUAAAGAUAGUUGCUGCACCCUCUUCUCUUGGUUGUUUGUUUUAUUAUUGGCAUUCUGACGUGUGUGUCCAUUAGCAAUAUAG